AUGUUACCAUUAGUUGUCAUAGCCAUUGUUAUACAUCAAUCUCCAGAAAGUAUGAAGACUUAUCGACGAUUUAUCAUACAUUUUACGGUAUGUGUUUUGUAUAAGGAAGUGUUUUAAAAUUGUUCUUUAGUAUGUAGCUUUAAGAUCAGAUUUGUUUUACACUUUUUGCAAGCUAAAUCUUUCGUUGCGGGACCUGACGUGGCCCCUGGAGCCUUUAUUGGAGCCCGGUGGUUGUCGCCGCAUGACCCGGUUCGGCCUUAUUCGUGUUUUUCUUGGCCUAGUUUAGGGUCGGACUAGGACUGCACUAGACCCUUCUUUCUUAUUCUUUCAGACCUAAUAAAAAAGCAAAAAGGGUCUUUUUAAGGUCUAAUAAGAAGCAAAAAAAAUUUAGGUAUGCGACUUUUGUUUCUCGGUUUGUAUGGGUAUGCUGGUCAAGCCUUUCCCCAUCAUACCAUUCUUCGCAGCGUUCGUUAUCGGCCCGCUGAAAUAUUUGGGUAGCGCCGGUGCUGUGGCUUCGGUAUGUGCUGAACGUUCUCUUUUUGUAUACGUAUAAUAAAUACCUUCAAGUUUUAAAAAUUAAAGCAUCUGUGACUGCUUAUUAGGUUGUUCAUUUAAUUCUGUGCUCGUUCAUUAAACAAAAUUGCUUUGAAAAGGGGCACAGAAUUAUUGGAACAAUCUAAUAUCGGGUUGUCCAAAUAUAGAUGAGCCAAAAUCUUCGAAGUUUGGCGUUUUAAAUGGCUCAUCUAUAUUCGAACAACCUAACUGAUGAAGAACCUUAAUAAUCACUUUCAGGGCUCUGCCAUCAUGAUAAGCGCGGGUUAUGCCAUUGCAACACAGUGUAUAUGUAUUGUGUACAGAUUUGCGGCCAUUCAAACAGACCCUCGGCUGUUGGCAUUCGUUGUUUCAUGGAUAUCAUGGACGAUAGGUCAUAUUAUUGGGGUUUUUAUUUCCGUGUUUGCUAUCUUGUUACUUAUGCAAGUGCAGGUACCACAAGAGGUAGGAACAUGA